GCUGUUUUAGCUGUUUAACUCUUUGAGUUCUUCCUUUCGUUAAAGGUCACAGCAUCUUCUUUUCCUUUCUGGUGAAUAAUUGAUAGUGCUUUUAAAAGGUAGAUGAUACCACCACCAACAAAGGAUUACUCACAAACCAGUCCAGUCAGAGUCCAGAAGUAGUGAGUCUUUGUCCCAUGCAAUAUGUUUUGAAUGUGUGUUAUUACAGGCUAUGGUGAGGGAACGACAGGGUACCUGGGUGCCAUGGCAGGCAAUGGCUAUGGUGGAGAUGCUGGUGCAAAAUCUUUGUCUACAGGUUAUGGGAAUGGUUACAGUGAUGGUUACGGGGCUGCCCUCAGCACAGGAGGCCAAUAUGGACAGGUCCAGGGAGCGUAUGGAGCACUUGGUACAGGACUGGAAUCAACUGGUGGCAAAUAUGGAGGAGCUGCUCAGGUUCCGUAUGGUAACGCUCCAGUGAUUCCUACUGGACUGGAAGGUGAUGGUGGUUACCCGUAUGGCGCUCAGCAGCUCGGGCUCGGUGCUGAAGGUGCCAAAACCCUCAAUAAAUACGGAGCUCAGCAAACAGGUUAUGUUGCACAGCUUGGAACAACUCAAGAUGCCUUUGGAGAGCAAGCUGGCAAAUAUGGCAGAGUGAAUGGUGCCCUUGGAAAUGGAUACAAAGGCUAAUUCAAAUGACCUGGACUUCUUCAAGUGGAUCAUUUCCAUAAUGUGUUCAGUGUAAUGUGUUUUUAAAUCUUUUCAUGUGUUUCAACCCAUUUUUCCUGUUGUGUUAUGUCUGUUUUGUCUUGUUUUAUUUUUCUUAACCCCUUUGUCUUUCUCUGUAAGUGGACAUUUGCUACUUAUGUCUGUGUGUCUUGUUGGUCCAAACCCUUGCAGUGCCCUACCAGUCUUAUUCUGUCGACACUGAAAAAACCUGGUGGCGAUUGAUGAACAUAAAUAGAUGUUAAGUGCAAGAAAAUUGUCUGUAUGUUUUAAAAUGAAUAAUAAAAUGAUGAUUUUACUGUUUGAAGCCAAUAA